AUGUCUUGCUACACAGGUUUGUUACAAGCUUUAUUCAUUCAGCCUGACGUUUCGGCAACAGUGCCUUCCUCAGAGGCUGAAAGAUGCCAAAACUCCCUCGGAUGUUAUCGCUUUAUAUGUUCUACCUGCUCGGAAGCUGUCUGCACCGAUGGAACAUGCUUGUCUCGGCAUCAGUUGUGCGACGGAAGAAGAGACUGCCGUGACGGUUCGGAUGAAAAUGACUGCGAUGAGCUUUCCUUCCGCCUUAUCGAUGGCAGCGAACUAAGCGGAGAUGUACAAGUUUCCUUCAAAGGAAUGUGGCAACCAACUGUAGCUCGCGAUCCAAUUGUCACUCGUUACGCACGAGUUGUUGGUGGUUUCGAGACGGCUUCAGGUGCGUUCCCAUGGACGGCUGCGAUCAGGAAUAAAAUUACUGGAGCUCAUCAUUGUGGAGCUAGUGUCCUCGACCGAACGCAUCUGAUUACAGCGGCUCAUUGCUUCGAAGAGGAUCGUCGUGUUAGCUCAUACGUUGUCGUAGUAGGUGAAUGGGAUAAUAGCAUCAACGAAGGACAUGAACAAACACUCAACAUCUCACGGUUCAACUUCUACCCACUGUAUGAAGAUCUUUUUGCUCAUGAUCUCGCCAUCAUAGAAGUCGCUGCUCCAAUGAGGUUUGACGACUGGACUCAACCCAUCUGUCUUCCACCACGAGAUUUUACUUAUCAAACGGGGAGAAAAUGUGUAGUUUCCGGAUGGGGUAGUCUGGGACUUGAAUAUCCAUCGCGUCUUCAAGCCGCAGUCCUUCCUAUAAUUGACAGAGCUGAAUGCAUGAACUCAUCUCGGAUAUACGCAUCCAUGAGUCGAUCGGCCUUUUGUGCUGGAUAUCUUCACGGCGGUGUCGACUCGUGCCAAGGUGACUCGGGUGGUCCGUUAGCUUGCCAAAAUGAAAACGGACCGUACGUCUUAGCGGGUGUAAUCAGCUGGGGUGAUGGAUGCGCACAAAAAGGACAACCAGGAAUUUAUACUAUGGUUGCUCCAUACCUAACUUGGAUUCAGGGAAUUGUUAAAUUCUAG